AUGUCUAAAUAAGAUAUGAAGGAAAUAAAUGACUUGUUAGUUUUAGAUUAUGAUGUAUUUGGAAAAUGCAAUGAUAUGAUGGUAGUUUUAAAUUGAAUAUUUAAAGAGUUUUAUCAAAUCUACACAACCUGUUCAAAAAGAUGAUCCAUAGAUAUGUAAAAAAGUUAGUGCAGUAGCAAAAUUAAUAAAUUAACUAAUAAAAUUUUUAAAAGAUUCAGAUAAUUCUAAUUUAAAUAAUUUACCAGAUUAUUAUGAUAUUGUGUACUUGUUGAAUAAUAACUUAUAAAAUAAUUUAACAGUUCAAGCUAAAAAAAUGUAAUUAAUAGAAGCAAGCAAUUAUGAAUUAAAAAAUUAGAUAACAAUUUAAACUUAAAAAAUAUAAUAAUUGAAUAAAGAUUUAUAAAUUAAAGAUAAGGAAAAUUAAUAAUUAAGAAAAGAGGUAAUAUUAUUAUAGUGUAUCUUAGAUUAAAGCAUUAAAACAUUAAAUAUAAUAACUAGAAUACUUAGAGUUUUAAGUAGAAUAAGAAAUGAAUAAUCAAAAUUAAAGUUUAAAUGAGGAUAAUAAUCUAUUAUAAAAUGAAAUUACUUAAUUAAAAUAUUAGAUAGAAUUAAAGGAAAAUACUAUUAAAUAUCAAGAAGGAGAGAUAAAGUUAUUAAAAUUAUAAUUGUAAAGAAUUUAAGGUGAUUAAAGGCAAGAUAUAAAACAUCAUCUUUUUUAUGAAUAAUAAUAAAUAUUUAAAGAGAAUUAGGAAUUGCUUAAUAAAAUUAAUUAAUUAUCUUUUAAAAAUAAUUAUCAACCUAUUGAAAAUGUAUAAAAAGGAAAAGAACAUCAAAAUGUGAAAGAAAAUAAAAUAUAGAGUUAGUAAAUAGAAAUAAUGUAAAAUAGAAUCUUUAAUUUUCUUAAUUAAUUAUCAUUACAUGGCUUUUUAAUUAGUGCUUGGAUAGGAGCAUAUGUAAUUAUAUAAUAUUAUAAAUGAUCAUUUAUUAUUAUAUUAAUUUAAUUUAUUUAAUUAUAUUAUAAAUUUCAAGAUGGUAACUUAUCAUAUAUAUUCAAUCAGCAACCUAUUAAUGAUAUUAAUGUAGAUGAAGUAUUAAAAGGAUUAUCAAAUGUGGAAGGUGCAAAUGGUUUUGUGAUAUUUAAUUAAGAUUGUAAUUAAACUAUAUUCAUAAUUAUUAGGUAUUCCACUAAAAAGAUCAGAAAAGAAUAUUACUUACGAUAAAGCUGUUCAUAUGUCUGCUUUAGUGGCUGAUUUAUGGAAUGUCACUAAGAAAUGCAUUCAAAGAGAAUUAAGAAGUGCUGAUGUAUUCAUUUAACAAAAUAAUUUAGAAUGAUCUUGAAAUUAUUAGAAUAAGAACAAAAGCCCAAUCAGAAUACAUUAUUUCCUAAUGUAAUAUUCAUACUUAUUUAAUAAUAAGAGGGUGAUUUUACAAUGAUAGGCAUACAAUUAUGUGGAAAAGCAAUAGAAGAGGCUAAACUAGCUGCAGCUGUAGAAGCUUAAGCAGCUGCUGAAGCAGAAAAGGCAAAAAAAGGAGAUAAGGAAUAAAGUUGA